UGGGUUCUUGCAUUUUAUGAGGGAUUUUAGAGAAAAUCUAAGUUUGGCUACUGUUUGUUCACAUGGGUCUUUUUAAUUACUCGAUUAUUUAUGUGGGUUUUUGAUUUUGUGUGAUGGGUUUGUGUUGGUUUUGAUUAUGGGGUCCUUUAUUUUGCUAUUGGUGAAAAGUUGGUGAUCCUAAAUUCUAGGGUUUGUAUGAUUUUCACGCGUUUAUGUUUUUCGAGCUUGAAGCUUUACUGAAUCUAUGUUAUUAUAGCUUAUAGAUGCCAGAUUAAGGUAAUUUGUAUUCUUAAUCUGUUCUUUUUUAUUCUGAUGAUGGUUCUUGUUUCAUUUGAGGAGAUUUGAUGGCAUUUGUUAUAUUUUCUUAAGAAAUUGGUGAUAUACUCAUUCGUUUAAUGUGGGUUUGGGUUUAAAAUGCUAGUAUUUGGAUUUUUGAUUCGGGCCACUCAAUAUAUCAGGAUUUGUAUAGCUAUCUGUGCAUGUUCCUGGCAUUUUUUUUCAACAUUUAGGAAUAUAGAUUAUAAUAUGAGUUUUUAACUUUUAUAAGCAUCGGAGCUUUUGUUGUUAAUAUUAGCUAACUGCGUGUAAGUUAUGGAUAAAGUUUGAAUAGGAGAUUGAUGUGUGGAUCGGAUCAUGAUAGCAUUUUGUUGAUUAGUGAGGAUUGCAAAGCCAAGUUUAAUUAAAGUUUAAGUAGUGAAUAGUAUCUGAAAAAAGUUGCAAGGAUGUGCUUGCCCAUUGAUGGUUGAUAUUACAUCUAAUGCUUUGAGGUUCAUAGGUGUGGGUUCCAAGAAGUAAGUAGAAGCUGUUGUACUUGAUCGUGUAAUGUCGAACGAUUUGCUUUCUUCAAUGGCUAGUGACUGGUAUAUGAAGCAUAUUAUUCAUUCAGGUUGAUUAGGUUUGGUUUAUUUGCAGGAUGACUAUAUUAAUAGUUACUCUUGUGUCCCACAGAAAAUGCUACAUAUAAGACAGCGUACGAAAUUAAAUUUAGUUGGUUGAUUUGUAAGAAUAAAACAAAAACCUUAAAAUUGUGUGGAUUAAAUUAAAAGAGAAAGAAAAUGUGCAAGAUGAGAUUACAUGGAGCUCGUGGAGUCCUUACCUAAAAUAGAAAUGUAGUGAUCUCAAUGAGACAACCAUUUUUGGUAACACAGGGAGUAUGCGUUUAUCAAGUGUUGGGAAAGAAAUUGGUGAACUUUAUUUGAGCUAAUGUUGGUACUGCUACUAUGGUCUACAAGCUGUCUUCUAUCUUAUGGCUGGCUACUGUUGGCCUACUGCGUGGUUGCAGUUGAGUCUAUUGGAAGACAGAUUCCAAUGGCAUUCCUGGAACGAGUUAAAGAUGAUUUUAACAAGAGAUAUGGAGGUGGAAAAGCUGCUACUGCACAAGCAAAAAGCUUGAAUAAAGAUUUUGGGCCUAAACUCAAGGAGCACAUGCAGUACUGUGUUGAUCAUCCAGAGGAGAUGAACAAGCUUGCUAAGGUACAGGCCCAGAUUUCAGAAGUCAAGGGAGUAAUGAUGGAAAAUAUCGAGAAGGUUCUAGAUCGUGGUGAGAAAAUUGAACUUCUGGUUGACAAGACAGAGAAUCUUCGUUCACAGGCACAAGAUUUUCGUCAGCAAGGAACACAGAUGAGGAGGAAGAUGUGGCUUCAGAACAUGAAGAUCAAACUAAUCGUGUUGGGUAUCAUCAUCGCCUUGAUCCUCAUCAUAGUGUUGUCUGUUUGUCAUGGUUUCAACUGUGGAAAGUAGGUUGGUUCGCGUUAAUUGGGGUCGGGUUUGGGCGGAGGGAGAGGGCUGUUGGGCCAUUUUGAAUGGAAGCUUGUUGAUGAAAUAUAUCGCUGUAGUGGGUCUCAAAUACAUGUGUUCCGGAUGUUGAAUUCAAUCUUGAUAAUAGUCCAGACUUUCGAAUGUUGGUAGAAAUUUGCAUUUAUGUGGUGGCACUUUGGGAUGUGAAUGGUUGUAUUCAAUUCCAAAACUUGGUGUGUAUAGGUUUUUUCAAGUAUGAGACCGAAAAUUCUUAGUGUUAAAAUGUAUGGGCUCGUUGUUAUUUUGUAUUCAAAGCUAUAGUUGACGGCUCUGGUAUGAUCGAUCUGCUGAAUUCGAUUUUGGUUGAAAAUUCAUUGUAGUUGAUACCUCAAUUUUCUACUACCUUGAGUAUUUGAUUUGGGGUAGAUUCUUAUAUUGUUAACUUGAACUUUCAAA